CGGAACGCGUCUAUGUAAACGUGUAGGAGUUGAACACCGGCGCGGCAUCGCCCGUUCUGAGACAUUUCGGUGGCGCUCGCUCAGGUCAAUCCCGUGCGUUCCUUUCGUUGCUUGUUCGUUCGUUGCCAUGGCGCCUUCCCAGAGCGGCGGCGGCGACGCGGCAGGAGAUCUCCUGGAGACCGGGCUGCUGGUGGCAGCCAUCAAGGCGACGUCCACGUCGGGGCGCCCGGCGGACGACGAGAGGGGCGCGGGGGCGACGACGUCCUCGCGGGUGCGGCGGGGCGCGCGGCUCGCGGCGGCGCAGCUGCAGGAGGUGUUCCUGGGCACGAGGCUGUUCCCGCUCUUCUCCGCCGUGCCGCUCGCCGUCGCCGCCCAGCACCUCCGCCUCGGCCGGGGUGAAGAUGUGAUAGAUGAUUGGCAUACGAAAAAAUUGGAGGCAUGCCACACAGGGGGAUUUAAAUACAGAAUAAAUAAACUUAUGGAUUAGCAGUUAGCAAAUGCGGUCACAGGAUGAUUAGUCAAACGUUUUAGCCUACCCACGACUAGAUCUAUGCAAAAGACAAUGUCAACUCGUGGUGCUUUGCCAUCUGCAGCUUGAGAUUUCAAAGAUUCGUUUUGGGCUCCUCGCUCCUUUGACAAGUCUACUUUAUUCCUCCUGAGAAUUGCGUGAUCUCGUGCAAGUUUUGGGGCAAGACCUGGUCUGUUUGCUUGGGGAAUUAUGCUAGGAUUUUGUUUUCUGCUCGAACAAAUUCCUCAUAUGAAAGAAAAUUUCAUGAAGCAGUAGAUUGGAGGAUAUUUACAUGUGACAUGUCCAUGUCCAAAUGGGUAUUGAAAUUGGACUGGAGGUAGCUCGUCAUCUUGUGAUUAGUAUGGUCUUUCUUGGCUGCAGCUGGCAUAUAGGUGACGCAGCUGGUUCGGACGCGUCACUAAAAGUUUUUUGGUGACGCGGUUAAUUUCAAUGUCGCCUAUUAUGGUGUCAUCUUUGUUGUAUUCUGGCAUAGUGUCACUCUAGUUUACAAUCACUGCCAUGUGCCUCUGCAAUCCCAAGAAAGGGAUUGACGAGGCUGUGAGAUUUUUUUUCUGGUGUCCCGUUUCAAUAUGUGAGCAACACGGCCACUAGAGAUUGCUGCAUUCUUGAUAGCACGCUUAUACAAGCACAGGGAUUGUUCGAUAAAUAACCUCAAAACAAAUUCACACAGCAAGAGUUCAAAAAUGCUUGCAGUUUCUUAUUUUUAUUUUACUAUAAUAAUCUCUCGAAUUAGUUGGAUUUUUUUUCGUCACACUUACCGUGAGAAAUUGUUGUGGCAGGCCUGGGUGUUCGUUUUCAGCUUGAUAGGCAUGGCCCCCCUUGCAGAACGUGUGAGCUUCUUAAGCGAACAUAUUGCCGAUACCGCAGGACCAACAGCUGGUGGGAUUCUGAAUGCAACAUGUGGGAAUGUACCUGAACUUAUUAUUGCACUCUUUGCUCUGCAUAAGGAGAAGUUGGAGAUCUUAAAGUGGUCACUUUUAGGUUCCAUAUUAUCCAAUUUGCUGCUUGUCCUUGGUUCAUCCCUCCUGUGUGGUGGGCUUGCAAAUACAGGCAAGGAGCGUCCGCUAGACAGGAGACAAGCAGAUGUAAGCAUAGGCCUUUUGAUGCUGGGUGUUCUAUGCCACAUAUUACCUCUACUGUCUAAAUACGCUAAUUGCACUGGACAUAGCAUAAGUUCAUCAGGUUCAGUUCUGGAAUUAUCAAGAUUAAGUGCCAUUGUAAUGCUCACCGUGUACUUUGGAGGCCUCAUCUUUCAGCUAAAAACCCAUCGUCAAAUUUUUGAGCAAGAGGACAGCUCAGAGAGCACCAACACUAACAACAGCAAUGAUGAUGAUGGCAGUUCAGUUAUAGGAUUUACCAGUGCAGUGAUCUGGUUGAUUGGCAUGACUGUAGUCAUUGCUGUGUUAUCUAAUUACAUCAUCACUACAAUUGAGGUACAACUUUUUUUGGGGACAUACAUCAAGGCCCUUAAAUUCAUUUCAUCCCUGUUUGUGUGCCAAUUCUGUUUCCAGGAAGCAUCAGAGUCAUUAGGUAUUCCACUCAGGUUCAUCAGCAUUAUCCUACUUCCAAUUGUUGGAAAUGCUGCCGAGCAUGCAGGCGCUAUCAUAUUUGCUUUCAAGAACAAAAUUGAUAUCACCCUGGGCAUUGCUCUUGGUUCGGCUACUCAAAUUUCGCUGCUUGUGGUGCCCAUCAUUCUUAUUGUAUCUUGGGUGAAUGGCAUCCCUAUGGAUCUCGACUUGAAUCUUCUUGAGACUGGAUCGUUGGUUAUGACUGUAUUUACAACAGCAUUUACGCUUCAGGAUGACAAAUGGCAUUACUUGAAAGGCUUCAAUUUGACACUUUGCUACAUUGUAAUAGCAGCGUGCUUCUUCACCAUAAAGGCCCUCCCAACACCAAAGAAGGUACAUGACUGAGCUGCUCAAGGAGAUGCUGCAUCAAAAAAGGUGCAUGCCUGAGCUGCUCAAAGAGAUGUUGUCCAUGUUUAGAAUGAAAUUGAGGCACCUCAGUUCAAGGUAGUAGACUGGCGUUCCCUCAAGCUCCUUAUGAUCAAGCUUUUGUUGAACACGCCGGGGACCAACAUAUUUGACUAUAUUGCUGACAAAAUGUGACUCCUAAUAUUUCUCCCUUAUAUUACUGACAAAUUAAGUGUGGUCAGCUGCUCCAAGGAAGCGAAUUUUAGGAAGUGAUGUAAUUAUUGUUUUUGCAUGAUUAUGCUUGUUAGUGCCUAGUUGUUAGGUACUAUGUGUGAUUCCCGAUCACUGCAACUA